AUGGAUGUCUUCUAUGCAACAAACAAUCCAUACCUGGUGAACGGACCGAGAGGGUUCACUGAGUUCAGGUUUAUGGAGGAGACCACCGAUCUUUUUGUGAGGCUUGAUUUUCCGGGAGUCACCAAAGAGAGUGUCAACAUCCUCCUCGAGCCAUCGAUGAAGGCCGUUUUCGUGCUCGGAGACGCACCGAAAGAACACAUACACGAUUCUUCUCACCGGAAAUACGGAACCGCCACCGGACUUGUCUGCGACUGCUGUGAGAUAAGCAACAUUCAGUGUUUUGUCGGAGAUGGUGUUGUCAGGCUCAUUCUUUCCAAGAGGAAGAUCAACUUCCAUGUCCCUUUCUCGUGUCCCUUUGAAAUGCCUACUGCUGCCUCCCCUUUCCUUGCUCACGUAAUUCGUGGGUAUCAUCCGGAAGCUCAUCUUCGUGGACAUAGCCCAGAAGGUUGCCGUGGCACUGACCCACUCGAUCCGGCGUUCACGGGUCGGGUCACAAUACCACACCCGUCAGUGUUGGAGGGACCCACGAGUGCGUACGAGUCAAAGCAGCUCCCAAACGGCGGUCUCUUUCUGCGUAUUGACAUGCCGGGAGUUCCCAAAGACAACUUCAGUGUGGCGGUGGACAGCGACGGUGGCGUCACUGUCAUCGGACGAGCACCUCCGGCCAUGUGCGACUCGAGUGGGCGUGAGUACAUAGGCAAGGUCGCCGUCGUCCCUCGAGACUUUGACAACAGUCGGAUCAAAGUAAUCGCUAAACAUGGUGUCAUCCGCCUCAUUAUCCUCUAA